CUUUCUCAGAGCCGCUCUCCACACGGCCCCCACCUGUAGACUUCCGGCCGGCUGCCUAUAGCCGCCCCGCCCCCGAGGGCAGGGGAUGCUGGGAUCCGCCAAUCACUGGGCGUCUGCGGUAGGAGUGGGUGGAGCCUGAGAGAUUCGAAAGGAGCCCCACCCCCUCGGGGCUGAUUCCCGGGACCAAGUGGUGGGGAGGCAAGCACCUUCGGCGAGAGCUCAGGUCUAAGCUGACUCGUUCUCCUACCGGCUGGAACAUGGAAGAUUUGGAGGAAGAUGUAAAGUUUAUCGUGGAUGAGACCUUGGACUUUGGAGGGCUGUCACCAUCUGACAGUCGUGAGGAGGAAGAUAUAGCAGUGUCGGUGACUCCAGAGAAACCCCUCCGAAGAGGACUUUCCAAUCGAAGUGACCCAAAUGCAGUGGCCCCAGCCCCCCAGGGGGUGAGGCUCAGCCUAGGCCCCCUUAGUCCAGAGAAGCUGGAGGAGAUUCUCCAUGAGGCCAACCGACUGGCAGCCCAGCUGGAACAGUGUGCCCUGCAGGAGCAGGAGAGCACAGGGGAAGUCCUGGGGCCUCGCAAGGUGAAGCCCAGCCCUCGGAGGGAAACCUUUGUGCUGAAGGACAGUCCCGUCCGAGACCUGCUGCCCACUGUGAGUUCUUUGACUCGGAGCACCCCCUCCCCAAGCAGCCUGACACCCCGACUCCGGAGCAGCGAUAAGAAGGGGGCAGUCAGGGCUCUUCGGACAACAUCUGGAAAGAGGCCCUCCAGUGUGAAGAGAGAGUCACCCACUUGCAAUCUGUUCCCUGCAUCCAAAAGCCCAGCAUCUUCUCCUCUUGCCCGAUCCACUCCUCCAAUCCGGGGCAAAGCUGGGCCCGUUGGGAGAGCAACAGCAAGCCCGCCUACCCCUGUCAGACCAGUCUUGGCCCCACAGCCUUCUACCAGCAACUCUCAGCGACUCUCUCGGCCACAGGGAGCAGCUGCUAAGCCUUCCAGUCGACUGCCUAUUCCCUCAGCCAUCCCCAGGCCUGCCAGCCGAAUGCCACUCACCAGCCGGAGUGUACCACCCAGCAAAGGUGCCCUGCCUCCAGCUUCUCUGCCAACUCGGAAAGGACUUCCACGACCAAGCGCCGCAGGGCACAGAGUUCCCAUUUCCCAGCGACCAAAUCUUCCGGUCCCUGGUGCCACUCGAAGCAAUCUGCAGCCCCCCAAGAAGGUUGCAGUCCCAGGACCUACCAGGUAAAGAGAUCAGGACAGCAAGCAAGAAUUCAGUAGCAAACCACUACCGUCACUGCCUGGACUCACCUCUACUCGGCCUCCCAAGCCCUCUCAUGGAAGACAGGCCCUGACUCUAGCAGAUUCUGGCCCGGGAGCAGGAGAAAGAGAUGACACCAGGGCUGGUGGCCCAAGAGUAAAGAGAUGGGAGAUGGGGUGGAUUAGGGCUGAGCUGGAGGGGAAUCAGACCCUGUGGGUUGAAAGAGGAUUAGGGAAAAGAGGUCACCUCCUGACAGUGAAAUUAACAAGCAGAGAAUGAGAAAAGCCAGAGAGUAGCCAGCCCCGACUCUUGUGUUCAGUCCCAGAGGGUUUGAUCUUCUUCCCAGGCAUUGGUUCACUGGGCAUUUACAUGUGAAUGGCCUCCUGCUCUCUGAGGAGGAGCCCUGAAUUACGUCCAGGACGCAGGCCUGUUUGGAGAGACAGAGGCAGGCAUGUGGUCUCCAGAACUUCUUUCCUGUAAAUUCUCUGACUCUUUAAGAGGCCAAUUGAUGAUAAGCUUACAUUGGUCAGUGUUUUUCUAAAAUAAAAUGAAUGUAUUUUUCUAAUCUCUGUAUAUGUGAAAGUAAAUUCUCCAGUUUCACACAGAUUUGUAGUAAACUCCUGUGUUAUUCCGAUGACGGAGCCACGACAAGCUUCCCAGACCGGGCCCUAAUUAGGCUGAAGGGCCUUGUGAUUCGGGACCACCCACCCUCCCUUUGUUGGCAUUAGAUGGGAACAAGCUACCUUCUUCCGGGAUACAUGUGUUAAUGAAAGGUCCAGAUCAAGUGAAAUAUUGGCAGCCGCCUAGGCAUUCGCCUCUCUCCCUGAGCCUCCUACAGCAACUCCUACAGGCUCUGGGAGUCUAAGAAUUGAGCUGCGGGAGGGGAUGCGGAAAGACACCGACUAUUUGGCUCUGGAGAAAUUUGGCAGAGGCAAGAAAACCUCAGCCUCUUUUUCUAGCCACCUGCUCCAGAGGAAAGUCGGUGACAAGUGGGGAAUACAUGCUCAGCGUACAUGGGAACUCAAACGAACAGCGGUUGGCAAAACUGAGGCGGCGGGAGGAGAGGAGGCAGGA